GCUAGCUCCGGAGGCAUCCCGACGUUUGGGGCAAGGUGAAGACGGUGCCGGACCUGGGAUUUAUUUACUGAGCUGGAUUUGCAUGCUACACCAUGCCUUCUCGGAUCGGGGCUCUGCUUUUCUCUUUCACCGGGCUGCUGCUAUCACUUUCAGUCGAGGCGGAUGUUAAAGCUCGGAGCUGCAGUGAGGUCAGGCAAGCUUACAGUGCCAAAGGAUUCAGCCUGGUCAAUAUACCCUACCAGGAAAUAGCAGGGGAACACUUGAGAAUCUGCCCUCAGGAAUACACAUGCUGCACCACAGAAAUGGAGGAUAAACUGAGCCAACAAAGCAAACUGGAGUUUGAAAAUCUUGUAGAAGAGACAAGCCAUUUUGUGCGUACCACCUUUGUGUCAAGGCACAAGAAAUUUGAUGAAUUUUUCCGAGAGCUCCUAGAGAAUGCAGAAAAGUCACUAAAUGAUAUGUUUGUCCGGACAUAUGGAAUGCUAUACAUGCAGAAUUCGGAAGUAUUCCAGGAUCUCUUCACAGAGUUAAAACGAUACUAUACAGGAGGUAAUGUGAACCUGGAGGAGAUGCUGAAUGACUUCUGGGCUCGACUGCUAGAGCGAAUGUUCCAACUUAUAAAUCCUCAGUAUCACUUCAGUGAGGACUACCUGGAAUGUGUUAGCAAAUACACUGACCAGCUGAAACCCUUCGGAGAUGUACCCAGGAAACUGAAGAUUCAAGUGACUAGGGCCUUCAUUGCUGCUCGGACCUUUGUACAGGGACUGACUGUAGGCAGAGAAGUUGCAAACAGAGUUUCCAAGGUCAGUCCAACCCCAGGGUGCAUCCGAGCACUAAUGAAGAUGCUGUACUGCCCAUAUUGUCGAGGACUUCCCACUGUGAAACCUUGUAACAACUACUGCCUCAAUGUAAUGAAGGGAUGCUUGGCAAAUCAGGCUGAUCUCGACACAGAAUGGAACCUGUUUAUAGAUGCCAUGCUCUUGGUGGCUGAGAGGCUAGAGGGGCCUUUCAACAUCGAAUCAGUAAUGGAUCCUAUCGACGUCAAGAUUUCUGAAGCCAUCAUGAACAUGCAAGAAAACAGCAUGCAAGUAUCAGCAAAGGUCUUUCAGGGAUGUGGCCAACCUAAGCCUGCUCCUGCUCUGAGGUCAUCCCGUUCAGCUCCUGAAAAUUUUAAUACCCGCUUUAGACCAUACAAUCCUGAAGAAAGACCAACAACAGCUGCUGGCACAAGUUUGGAUAGGCUGAGGACUAUCUGGAGGACAAUGCAACAUAGUGUUACAGACAUAAAAGAGAAGCUGAAGUUGUCCAAAAAGUUCUGGUCUGCUUUACCCUACACCAUCUGCAAGGAUGAGAGAGUGACAGCUGGGACGUCAAAUGAAGAGGAAUGUUGGAAUGGGCACAGCAAAUCCAGAUACUUGCCUGAGAUAAUGAAUGAUGGCCUGACCAAUCAGAUCAAUAAUCCAGAAGUCGAUGUCGAUAUCACUAGACCAGACACUUUCAUAAGACAACAGAUCAUGGCCUUGCGAGUGAUGACCAACAAGCUGAAGAAUGCAUACAAUGGAAAUGAUGUGAAUUUCCAAGAUACAAGUGAUGAAACCAGCGGCUCAGGAAGUGGCAGUGGCUGUAUGGACGACAUCUGCCCAACUGAGUUUGAUUUCGUCACCACAGAAGCCCCCCCUGUCGAUCCAGAUAGGAGAGAAGUGGACUCUUCAGCCGACAAGCUCAGCCACUCACUCCUCACGUGGUCCGUCCUCUUCAUUGUCCUCUUACUGCAGAGACAGUGGAGAUAAUCCUGGAUUUUGGUCAGAUAAACUGAGUUUUAGCUAUACAAACAGCCAACUUCUUCUUUUUCUUACUCUAUUGGACAAUGGACCAUGACACAAUACUUACAGUUUUCUAUGAGAAGAGAGCAGUACCGCAAUCUGCCUCCCUUUUUGUUUUCCCAAAGAGUACCGGGUGCCAGACUGAACCGCUUCCUAUUUCCUUCAGCUAUCAGUGGAAACCAUGUCUAUUCUUGAGUGAAUUCUUAUACUCAAAUCUUUCUUACCAAGGGACUUUCUUACCUUCAUUUGCUUCUAUGCUGCAGAAGUAAAGGGAUCUCACAUUGUGGGGUUUUUAUUUCCUUUCAAAAACAAAAAGGGUGGGGAGGGAGUGGUAGGGGAGAGCAAGAUAGAAAGAAAAUAAUUUUUCUUCAAAAAUCAGGCUAAGACCCCAAGACUGCUGCAUUUUCAAUCAACAGGCAAAGGAAGAUAGAAAAAAAAAGAUCCUAAAGGAUAUAAUUUCUUUAUUGACAGCCAGCCCUAUAAUAUGGGCCUCUUUAUGGCAAUUCAGGUCUAUAAAAUGGUCAUUGGAAGAAAGUUUGGACUUUUUUCUAAGAAAAAAAAAAAUACUGAAAAUACAGUAUGUCUCAGUGGUGAAUGUCUUGCACUCUUAGAGCCACCAACACUAUCUAAUUGGUUGGAAGGCUUUGAAACUGACAAUUAGAAAAUACUCUUUAGUAGUAUACCAACACCACAAAGAAUUCAGUAUUUCCUAUUACUUGUCAUUUAGGAUCUACAUCCACCUGCCCAGUACACAUUUCAAUAGUGGCACCAUUUCUCCUAAGCUAUUUAGUCUUUCUCUUCGUUAUCCACUCAGCACAGGAUUUCUCUCUCCUUUGCACCACCCUUGACAAAUCUUCCCUCUAAGAUUUGGACUGAAAAAAUAAUCUCCAGUAAUAGAAUUUCUUCGCUUUUGCCACCAAUCCGACAUGCAUUCAGUUUUUCUGCUCCUGUGCUUACUACCCUCCCAAAGUGACAGUUCUUUCAAUGGACUGAUAAGCAAUUGGAUCUAUAUGCAAGUUUUCACCUAUAACGACUUCCUUUGUGUCAGUUGGUUUCUGUAUCACAAGGGCAUUCGAUUACAAAACAAAUAUGACAAAGAAGAUAAAAAAAGAACAGUAAUAGUAUUGACAUGGAGAUUUCUUUCACUUUUUUAGUCUUAGUAUGAUCAUCUAUUUUUAUAUAUAUAUAUUAUAUAUAUAAAUCACAGAUUUUAACUUCUUAACUACAAGCUCAGGGUUGACACACCUUUGUAACAAAAAUGUUUUGUCAACCAGCUCUUCUUGUCUUGUGCUGCUCAGAGAAGUGAUUUUUUUUAAAAUGACCUAUGAGCACUGAGAAUCAAGAAAGAGAAAUUUUUAUGUAUCUAACUGUCAUUUUAUUAAAAGUUCACCAGAGGACACCCUCUUUUGCAUGAAUGUGAUUUGGCUUGGGGGUGCUCCAGGUCAGACAGAGCAAAUGGGGAGAUCCAGGGCACUGCAGGACUUUCCUGGUGAUGGCAAAUGUGUGCAUAGAGAAUGUCAUUCGUUGAAAAUUAUUGCUUUUAGGAACAAGGUCUUUGAUCUAGAAUUCCUGGUGUGUUUUGGACCCAUUACCUUAAUUGGGAGUGAGGGAAGGGAAUUCAAAGCCCUGGCCUAACCAGCUUCACCAUGAAGGCCAAAAUCAGAUGCUAUCAACCCCUCAAAGGAAAACAUGAUAACAACAACAAAAAACCAAAACAAAACAAAAACACCCCAAAACAAAAGCAAAUGAACAAAACUGCCCUGGGGGCAAUUAGAGGUGGGGUGGAGUUCCAUAAAAAUAAUUGGAUAUAGAAGUGUUUCUUGGUUUAUAUGAUGAAUCUGGAGUUGGUAAAGUUAGUUUCAGAUACUAUAAAGUAUUUCAGUCCCAUUAAAAUUUACAAUAAUGACAUGUAAAUGGCAUUUUCAAUCUCAUUUUCUCAUCAAAAUUAUAUUUAGUUAUCGAUUUAGUCACCACAUUUAAGUAGAAUACACACAGCACAAUAGUAUUAUGUACACUUAAGCACUUUUACAAAAAAAUAAGGUAUUCACAAGCUACCAUUGAAAUAUUAUACCUAAUGAAAUAGGAAAUAUAGGGUUUUUAAGAGUCUGUCUACCACCCUCCUAACUGAAAUUUUUCUAAAACUCCAACACAAAUUUCCUAUUGCAUACUUUUGGAAAAAACAUCAAUUUGACUGCCAACCUUUGGCUUUGUAUCACCAAUUAUGCAUACAGAGAGCUCUCUGCAGUGACCAAUACCUUAAAUUACUAUUUCAUUUUCUGUUUAAGAAUCAGUAUUUUGUUUCUCCAAUAAAGAAGGUAUAAAGAAAAUGAUACCAACCUCAUUUACCAGAAUAUUUGAGUAAGAGCUGGUUUAGACAGCUCUGAACUCAAAUUCUUUUCUUUUACAGUAUUUCCUCCUUUUCCUUCUAUGAAGUAUAUCAAGGAGAUGCCUUUUUCCUCAUUUUUUCCCAAUACAAAGGUUAUAUGUAUGUAUGUAUAUAUAUAUAUAUAUAUAUAUAUAUAUAUAUAAAUAUUUUAAAACCUGAUCCAUUGACAUCUGAUAAUGGCAUUGAUUAGCUGCAGCCAAUCAACUAUGAAAAGAGUUGAAAUGAUCUGGUCACAAUACCACAAUACAGAUCACUCUGGAUAGACAUGGUCACAUCAGCCAAGUUAUACUUCUUGACUUCUCCCCUCCCAUCUUCUUAUGUUCUAUGAUUUUUUCAUGUUAAUUUGAGCAGUGAGGCAUUUAUUCCACUGUUGGCAUGACAUCAGCUUGAUCUAGAUUACUACCCCUUUUCAGGAAAUCUUUGGAAAGUCUGUCUCUAACUUGAAUUCUCUAGUUUCAGAAAGUAGUAUAGCAUAGUGGAGUACAGGAAGAAACUCCAUGAUUUUCCAUAAUUUGUCAACCUGAUAUUCCCUAAAUGUUGUUCAUUUGUCUUCACUUCAUAACCUCUCUUCUAAAUAGGGAAGAAUCAGUUCCACUGGGCUCACUGAAAUCUGGAACUAGGAAAUAAUGAGUGGUGCUCAUAAAUGCAAACAUUUAGAUUAUUUAAAGUGCCUCUAUUUUACAUGUUCUUUAGUUAUAAUAUGUAUUUUUCUAACAGUAAUACACAUAUAUAAUAGGUGUAUAUUAAACAAUGUAUAUGUUAUAGCUAAAGACUAAAUGGAGUUUUGUCUUUAGCAGAGAAGAACAAUUAGCAAAUUCAUAAAUUAGAGUUCUGUUUAUGAUUCUGUUUUGAAGGGUAAUGAUUUCUUCGUUUACUUAAUAUUCUAUACUUUGAAUACAGGGAUCAGUAAAGUCUGCUUUGAAAUAUAAGAGAUGUGAAAUUCUAAUGUAUUUGUGGACAUUCAGACACAUUAUCUAUUAUUCACUGAUAAACUAACAAUUGUAAUGAAGGCAAAAAAAUCCUUUCAUCUGAACAAAAAUGUGAUUUAUUUUGAUGAUGUCAAUGUUAAAAUAGCCCUAAUUAAUGAUUUUCUAAUUGACAUUUCCUAUUGUGAACAUUGACCCACAUUUGAUCUUUAUCUGUUGCAAGUAGGUAUAUCAUGGGGACAGAAUAAACAUCAGCUAAGGUCCAUAAUGAGGAAGAACAAUUAGCCAAUUUUUGAAUUGUGAAUCUGUUUACAUUUAUGUUUGUAAAGUUAAUCAUUUACUGCUUUUUUUGAAAGGAGUUUAGCUUGGUUCUUUGUUACAAAAUAGAAAAGUAGCAGUUCAUACAAAUUUUCCUCUUCCUUAAACAAAUGUUUUCCAUUGGCAAGAGAAGCAUAACUAAUACUUUAUUGAUUUUCUAAUUGUUCUUCCCUGUUAUCGAUAUUAGUCAGUGUUUCGCUUUAGACUGAAACAUAUAUAUGUGAUAUAAAACUGUAUGUACACUGGAGCCGUGCUAUAUAACAUGGCAUGCUAUAGCACAAAACUCAGUCUAACAGAGUCAUCUUUGGCCUUGCCCAAAGUGGGAAGAAGAAGGGAUGUUUCUUAUUAGAAGUACUGGGGGCAGCUAGGUGGUGCAGUGGAUAAAGCACUGGCCCUGGAUUCAGGAGGACCUGAGUUCAAAUCCGGCCUCAGACACUUGACAUUAGCUGGGUGACCCUGGGCAAGUCACUUAACCCUCAUUUCCCCAGGGGGAGGGGGGGAAAAUACUGAAAGGACCUUGUAACAACACAUUUUAAUGGCAUGGUCCCCACAAAUGGAAUUAUAGUGAGGCUUCAGUAUGUGUAUACAUAAAAUAUAUGCAUUAUGUAUGUGUACACAGAUCCUCUCCUAAUGUCUUGUAUGGCUGUCAAUUACUAUGCGGGUUAAGAUUUUACAUUUCUAAUUUGGAUAGAAAGUUGCCAUUAAGCUUGUAUAAAAAUAGUUUUUUUUUAAAAAAGGAAAAGAAAUAUAUAUCAUCUACUAGUUGUUUCUAGUACCCUUUAUGUAUUUUCCUUAAUUACCUUCAUGGUUUAAGAUUGAGGACCUUUAGAAGCUGUGGUAUAAACAAAUGGGACAAUCAAUUAUCCCACCACUGUGACAAUUUGAAUACAUUUAGUUUUGGAUACCAUUGACUUUUAUACUUACACCUAGAAUCUUUAGGCCUCUUCCAAAAUGUGUUAUUUAAACAAUGAAAUGGAAAAUCCUAUCUCUCUCACUUCUGAAUUCUUUUCUCCUUCCAGAUAAAAUGUAGAGCCUUGAGAAAGAAUGUCAAUAUUAUUUAAGUGAGGUCAGAAAUGGGAAAAGAAUAUGCAGGUGGGAGGAGUGGGGAGUGAAGGACAAAAAUUUUCCAAAAUAAGAAAAUAGCAUUGAUUUUUAGAUCUCUAAAAUAAUAUGACUAUGCUCAUAGGCAGGUUUAAAUGACCUGUUAAACAGAUCAUAAGCAAUCAGUUUCAAAUAACUCACUCUUUAAUACAGUUAACAAUGAUUUUUUUUACUGAAAAUAUAGUACCGUUUCAAAAAUUUUUAGUAAAAACUUAUAAAAGCCCCCUGAAGUAUAGCAUUUAUCUGUAAGCAACACUGAUUUACACUCACAACAUUAAUCUCUUUGGUUUAUCCAGAAAGAUAAUCAUUGAAAAACAAAUUAAGACAACUUUAAAAUAACUACAGUCGAGAAAUCUGGAUACAAAUUUCUUUCAGGGAAAGGAAACUAAUUGCCCAGGAAGGAAAAAGGAUCCAUGUGGUGGUUAUUCACAGUGAUUCCCAAUUUUAAAAACCAUGAAGCUAAAUAAGCAUUUUGGUUUUUCAGGGGGACUAAAAGGGGGUAGCACAAUAUAACACACAUUCAUACAAUGGAAAGUCCUCUGCUUUAACACUUUCCAGAUUGGUGCUGAUCAGAUAAUGAGUGAUAAAUUUACAGCAAGAAAAGAGGCACAAAAACAGAGAAUGGAGCAUUCCACUCCAAUGCAACUAUUUACUAAGGGUGAACACUUUUCCAUUCAAUCGGCACUUCUAUUUAAGAGCUCUUAGCACAUGGGCAAUUGGCAGACACCAUAGAAAGAUGUAAAGGCCCUACCUUUACAUUUCAAAUGUUAUUGCUCUCCUUACCUUCUUUGGCACUCCUUGAAAGAUAAGGCAGAGCUACAGGAUGCCCACAAAUGUCCCAGAUUAAGGUGAAGCAGAAAUGAGAUUCAAAUUCAACUUCUUAGAAAUCUAACCCAUUCCAACAAGCAUUUAUUGAGGAUCUACUCUAAGCAGGGUUCUAUACUAGGAGCUGAAGGAUAGCAAAAAACAAAAAGCAAGAUUAUAUUGUUCUGAGGAGUUCAUCACAUGUUACAUAUAGAAAAACAAUAAAAAUCAUAAAGGAAAUAUGUCUCUUGAGCCAUCUUUCCUUUAAUGGGUAUCAAAAUUUUAAGAUAGAAGUCGUGGGUUAUGUUUCUUCAAACAUAUAUUUAGUCAUUUACAUAGCUCAGCCACCCUAUCCUACCUUUCUACCUUUCUACCCAUUCUACCUUUUGGAAGAGGAAUAGAGCCCAAAUCUAGCAAACAAAAAGCCAGGCUCUUGCAUAUCUCCCCUCACUUCAUUAACACACAGAGAACCCAAACACACACCUUUGAACUCCAGUCACCCUUUGGAAGAGAUAGAACAAGGUGAGAAAGAAGCUGAGGAACUACAGGGUAAGAUUUUCAUUUUCCUUGAAGGCUGGAUUAUAUUAGGAAAGUUAUCUGAGGUUGUUAAGGAAAUCAGUGAUUAAUGAAGGAACAGAAUCCAGCAGUUUGCCCAUAUUGCUUCUAACAAGGAUGCCCAGGAAAAUUGCAGCUAGAGCUUGAAAUGCCACUUAAUUGGUUGAUGUUUGUAAAGCACUUGAACAUGAAAGGCUUGUAUAAUUGGAUAUGAUGUUCUGGUUGCCAUGAGUUUCUGAAUCUAUGUAGCCCCCGAGUCAGGAGAGUGCCCUGCUUUGAUUUUGCAGCAGCUGGGACCCAAGAACAGGAAGUUAGGUCACUGAGCCAGGCAAUUUUAUGUCAUCUGUAUGAGGAGGAAUUUGGAAACCUGAAUCAUAGAUACAGAAUGUCACUAAUGGGCUAUUCACAUGGGAUUGCUGAAAGAUCAUCUCAGAUUGCAUUCAUAGAUCGUAGAAUUUGGAAGCAGAUAAGACUUUAGAGAUCAACUGGUUCAACCUCCUUCCUUUCAGUUUUAUAGAUAAGGAAAUUGAGGUCUAAAGGAGGGAAAUGUUGCCCACAAACCAGGGAUUUGAACCCAGUUUCUCUGAUUCCAAAUCCAGUGUGCUCCAUUGCUCUUUCCACUAAACUGUCCUGUAAUAUGAACGACUUUUCUUCUCAUUUGAAAUGAGAAUUAUUGUUUUCUUUAGUUUCAUGGAGUUUGUUUUUAAAAGGCAAAUUAAAUACAUGGAGAAGGAGAGAUUUAAAAAAAAAAAACCUUAGGAAAGAUCACUCCCAAAAGGGAGGGAGGGAAAAAGGGAGAGGGAAAAAAAAUGAAUCACAAAAUUCUCAGUGACAGCUUUCUCUUCCAUAGGCUAUAUCUGUAAUUCAUUUAAAAAGUAAAAAUGUUCGAUAAAACCUGUUCAACAACCAAUCAAUCUGACCAAAGAACUGAUUUGACUGUCAUUUUUCUUACUGCCAUGGCCAAUAUAAAGUGGACCUGGUGACUUAAAGAAUCAUCUUCAAGAGUCUUUUAUGGCUUGCUUAUUGUCCUAAUGACGUUUUUUCCAAGUUGAAAUGAAGAUCAGGGCACGGAUAGUUAGUUCCUAGUUCAUAGACUUGCAGAUGUAAGGGCACUUGGAGACUGAUCCAACUCCCUCUUUGUACAGAUGAGGAAACUAAGGCCCAGUGAAAUUAGCUGACUUACCCAAGGUCACACAAGUACAUGGACUUUUCCUCUACACUGUAAAUUCUUGGAGGGCAGGCACCAUUUUAGAUCAGUUGCCGAAUGUUUCUUCUGCUGCCACUGAGUUUUGAGUGUGUCUUCUUUACCUGCUAAUCUCAAUAUCCUCUAACAGUUUUGACCUCCAUUUUGUCUUUGAAGCUAAGUGGUCCAGUCCCAUAAAAAAACACAUCAGGUUUCUUGCUUCCUAAAACCGUGCUAAGUGUAUGACCCUGUGGCAACUUUCUUAGCAUAGCCAGGCUCACCUACUCCAAAGAUGUCAUUGUAUCACCAUUGUGUUACACAGAGCUUGGCACACAGUAGGCACUUAAUAAAUGCUUGUUAAUUGAUUGAUCCCCAUGUCUAUUGUUGAAUUCUACCAUACACAAGUUGGAGGAACCAAAGAAUCAAGAGACUUGGUGGCAAAUAUCUUGAAAAAAAAGUUGUCCUUGGCAAAUUAACAAAAACGGAUGAAAGCAAAAUUUCUUUUCAGUUUCUUUGCUACAGAAGAAACUUGAAGUGUCCUUUAAACCUCUUGUCUCUUUAAAGGGGGCCCCCAAAGCCACAGAGACUUUAGCAUAAACCAAUCUCUCAGUAUCCUAUUUCUGAGUUAUAAAAAUGUCAGAUUAACAGCUACAACUAAAGGAACCUUGUAGGAAUGAAUUCCCUUACACCUCUGAUGGUAGGUUGAAAACCUGAAAGUCAUCUGAUUCACCUUCUGGUCUGAUAUUUUUUUCUUUUGUCUGGACCAAUAAUUUCACCGGGAAACCUUUUAACUCCAGAUGAAGAAAUUCUCUCUCCUAAUGCAAUUUGACAAGUGUUCAACAAAUUACUGUCUUAGAGAAUCACCUGAGGCAUUGAGAAAUUAAUUGUGUGGUUUGCCCACAGUCACACAGACAAUAUUUAUCAGAAACUGAACUUGAACACUGAUCUCCCUGACUUAAUUACACAAACUGGUUGGGGGGGGUGGUUCACAGCAGUGAAAAAUUAGAAGUGCCCAAAUUCUAUUAAACCAAAGAAGCAACAUAUAAACAGCUUUGUUAAAAGUUUUAAUGACACAGAAGUGAUAAUUAUCUUUAUAUGUAUGAGCCAUUUCAUAUCAAUUAGCAACUUAAGUCUGUUUUUGCUGAUGCAAAAAAACAAAAACAAAAAAAACCAAAAAACAAAACCAACCCAACCCAACAUCUAGCCACUGGUGACCAGCCAGCAUUCUCAUCUGACUACUUAAAUUUAUUUGUUCAUUAGUCUAUCAAAAUCUAUGGGUGAUGACACAGUCACCUCUAAAAAGCAUUUUUUUUCUUUGAAAAAGUAGGAAAUGGGGGCAGCUAGGUAGCGCAGUGGAUAGAGCACUGGCCCUGGAGUCAGGAGAACCCGAGUUCGGAUCCAGCCUCAGACACUUAACAAUUACUAGCUGUGUGACCCUGGGCAAGUCACUUAACCCCAAUUGCCUCACCCCCCCCCAAAAAAAGUAGGAAAUGAAGCUUCAUAAUAAAUAGCUGAUGUUAAUUAUAAAGCAUUCUAAACUUUUAGGCCCCCUUUGGGCUUAGCAAUGUUCAAUCCACAUAAAAAAUAAGAUGACCUCUUCACACACCCCAAAUAUACACACAUGCACCUUUCUCAGAUUCUCCAUGCCUUUCUCUAGGGCAUUCUUCCAACCUGUUCUUUUUUCACUUCACAGAGAGUAUCACUAAGAAUAAGGUUAAGUUAAGCAUUAUUAUAAGAUUGAUGUUUGGAUUCACAAAUUGGAAAAUCCUUGAAAAUCAUAGGCAAAAAAAAUCCUACUUAUAUUUAGUAUAGCACUAUGGCAAUCAAUGAAAACUAGAGAAAUAGAAUAAAAUUAUCUAUUAGAGCAAUCACAAAAAUUUUUAGAGGAAGAACCUUUGAAAUAAGAUCAUUUUACAGAUGAAGAAACUGAGUCCCAAAGAGGUUAACUGACUUGCCCAAGAUGACAUAGCUAGUGGCAGAAUUAACGUUAGAAUCCAGAUUUUGCAAUUCCCUAUCCUUCCAUUGCACAUUUAUUACCGGCACUUUAAUAUAUUUCAGAAUUGUAUGAGAGUUUGGUAAACCAGAAGAAUACAGUGAGUUUGGUAAACUAGAAGAAUGCAAUGGCAAUUUGUCAUUAGUUCUGUGUCUACAGAGGCUAUUUUUGAGACAGGGAAGUCACUUUGUUCAAUGAUCUAUGUGGAUGGAUCAAUCAGUGGAAGAAAUCUGCCAAUGAAGUAGCCAUUUGACCUACCUUUUACAUUUUACUUUGUGCUGUGUAGACACAGUUUUGAAGUUCUUUGAUUAUAACACUGGGACUUAAAUUGUUUUUAAAAAUAGCUAACACCUCCUUUUGUUCUGGUGCCAGCAAAAGAUGUGUUUUCUAGCCUUCUUUCUUUCUGACCUCUAAAACAAAGAGCCAGGUUUUUAAAAAUCCCUACACACCACGAAAGCCCUUGAAAACUUGUUUGAUAAAACAUUGGUGAAAUUCCAAAAGCCACACAUUCCCCCAACCAUUAGUACCAGCUUUGUAGGAAAUUACACCAUUUUUGGAGUAUUAUCCCACACAGAGUUAUUAUUCUGCCAUCCUUCCCCAGAUGUGAAAUAUUGGUAAUAAAAUGUCUUAAAUUAGCAAACCUCUCCAUUCAGUUAGAGUAAACUCCAGCUAUUUCCACAGUCAGUUUAUACCCAAAUAAAUGUAUUUGCUACCUUAUAUAAGGGGAUAGAAGGGUUCCAACCCAGCUAUGCUUAUUCUAUGUGCCUGUGAAAAAUAACCAACCCUGUGCCAUGUGCUCUAUAACUAGCCUUCCUGUUUAAUUCUCCUCUGCCAACCUACUGUAUUUUAGAGACAUGUAAAAUAAAAAAUUUGAGAAAUAACUCUGACCUUAUCAAGUACAUAAUCUAAACCCACAAAUUUCUUACUCUCUCCUAUAGGAUUCUAUGACUUCAAAUGUACCAACUAUUCAUUUUUAAUCCAAUCUCCUCUUUACAUAAAUUUUCUAGGCUCUCCCAAUGGACAGGCACAUGCAUGAUAACUACCGUACCCUGAGCAGUUAGUUGCCAAGUCUAGUUCUUCUGCUGCCAAUGCAUAGAUGUGCUUUUGAUUCAUCUGAGUAUGUCUUCUUCAUCCUGCCAGUCUCAGUGUUUUUUAACAGCUGUGACCUUCUCCAUUUUGGUUUUGGGACUAAGUGGUCCAGUCCUGUAAGAAAACCCCAUGUUUCUUACUUCCUCUGUUAAGUAUCUUAUAUGUCCCUAAGACAGCUUUUCAAGCAUAGCUGGACUCAACUAAUCCAAAGAUGCCAAAGCUUGAAGUAAAAAGUAGUUCCUAUUAGCCCCCAACAGAUGAGAGAACCAAGAUGAUAGAGAGGGGGAUGGGAGAAUGAAAUUCAUGCCACUGGGGAGAUAAGGAUCACAACACCAAGGCUUUCAAUUCAUCUGAGGACCCAAUAUACUCUUCAUCUACUAUUUUGCCUGUUCCAAAAUGAACCAUUCUCCUCCUGGAAAACAAUGGGAUCAUUUUAGUCUAGAAAUGACUGAAUAAACAGGACUAGAGUAUGUUGUUAGAAAAAAAAAUCAGUACUCUGGAUGCUCAUAAAUUAAAUUUGGUUCAGCCCAACAAGUUGAAUUUUUCAGGUACCUACUACAUGCACAGCACCAUGCUAGGCACUAGGAAAACUAUUCAGAGAUGAAAUGAGAGAGGGAUAAGGUAAUUUUUUUCUUGGAAAUAAUAACAAUAUGUGGUAUACUAUGAACAACAUACAUAAAAACAGCAAGUGACUAUCUGUUUUCAUAUAUGCUAUGACUCCUCUAUGACUUUAAAAAGUGGUAUUGUCUGUUCUGACUCAUGAGGGGAAAAGUGUUCAUGAAGAUUCCAAAAUCAAUGUAUAGUCUCUGUGUUCAUGCUAGGACAAUUGAUCAAAUGAGGUCCUGUUUUUUCCCAACUCCACAUGCUCUGAAAUAAUCAAACAGGGCAAAAUAUCGAUUACCACAACUCUUGUUCAAUUUUGAAAUCUUGAUAUCCAAACAUAAACCAUGGGAGCUUUUCUCUGACUAUUUAUGAUAUCAUCUGACCCCUUGACUGCUUUAUAAUCAUACUUUCCCUAUCUAUUAUCUAGUAUAUAAGAGCCUGAACUCUAUUAUCUAGAUCUCUACCAUAAAUCCCCUCCCUAGCUACUGAGUUUUCUUAAUCACAAUUCUUUUCUUAGCUAGCACAGCUUCAGAAAGUUUGGAUGGAGGGGAUGAGCAGGGACAAAGUUGGUGGGGGCAGAGAGCUGGAAAAGGAUCCUAAUUUCCCAAUGACAAUAGGAAGAUAGUACUUGACAUUUCCUAAAUGCUCUCAAUUGGGCCUGCUGCCCAUUUACCUCUUCAUUUAUCUCCAAGUCAUUAUUAAGCCGGUAUGGAAUAUGGCAAUUCCAGAAGCCCUGAUCAUUAAUGUAAAUACCAUUUGUUCCUAUAAGACUUGCUUUUGCCACUAUGUUUUUCAUACUUGUUUAGCUCAUGGUAUUUCAUGCCAAAUACUUUACAGACAGUGUUUAGAAAUCACAAAGCAGCUAGACCAUGAAAGGCUGUGCUCCCAUCCAUCAGGAAAUGGAGUCUGACUGCAGGGAUGUUUUGUAUUUGCUUUACAUUCAUUAUGAGUUUCUAGCUGAGCCUGCUUUUCUCCACAAAUAUUGAAGACAGAGAGAACUAAUGACAUUCUGCUAAAAUAGACUCGUGCUGGUGAUUUUGCAUCUUCCAAAAGGACUGCAUAGAUUCCAUUAAAAGAAUUGUACUUGACAGCUGGGGCUAUCAGGCCAGAUGUGAUAUUGGGUUAUUAGACAAAGGAGGUCCUCAAAGACUUUUGAGGUAAAAUUUGAAAAGUCAUACUUUAUGAGGUUGCCUAACUAGAUGUCCCCUAAGUGCUUAAAACACAUAGAAAACUUGCAAUCAGAUUGAGGAAAUAUAAAUAAAUGGAGAGGACAGUAAUUAACAUGUCCCCAAACCCAAACUGUGGUUAUUCUGCCUGCCUUUUGUCAGCAAAAUUGCUGAUCCCAAAUUUACCAGAUAUUUGGUUCUUAUUCUUCCUGCUGUGUGAUACCUAUAUUAAUUAAUAUGAGCUUUCCAUUAACAACAGUGUUAGACAAAAAAAAAUGUUUGCUAUGCUGUUACACCUACUUAUCUGACAUGGGUCAUCAAGGAUGAGAAAUUUUUUAAUUUGCAGUAACUCUUUGGAGCCAAAUUAGUAGUUACCUAGGGGUUCUUUUUCAGAGUGCUUUGGUUUUAUUAAAAUAUCAUGUCACUAAAUUAUUCUCAACUCUGGUAAAAGAAGCCUAAAAACACUUUGGGGGAUCUAUAAAAAAAUUCUCCUUAUCAACAAAUCUUUGAAAAGCCUCUUUAGCAUCUGUUGAAAUAUUUUCCCCCCAACAUGCCUGAAAGUGGUAAGGAGAAAUCCUGGGACUUUUCUUAAUUAAGCAAUAAGAUAUGGCGGAGGGGGGUGUAAUGCUGAGAUAUCAUACAUCUAAGGCAUUAAAAAGCUGAAUACACAGUUAAGUACCUCUAAAUCCUUAGGUAUCUGAUUCUCCGCCAAACGUGCCUUAUUGCUGUUAUAAAAAGUCUUUUCAUAUUUCUAAGUUGGACAUUCCAAAUAGGCAAAGGCCCAGUUGGAAGGGGUGUCUUGGUCUGGAAACUUAUGUGGCAAAAGCUAUAAUUUUCCCUCUUCCCACACCCCGUCAUCAUCUGGGGACUGUGAGAGGGAAGUGGUCAGCUUAUACCACAUUUUUUGUUUUGACUGGUGUGCCAGUAAGACAAAAGUCUGUGUAACCCCCAAGAUCAUCCCCACCUACUGUGGAAAGCAGGAUAAAGAACAUUUAAUCCUGAAAUCUGCUUUCUAAUGGUGACCUGGGCAACCUGUUCUGUCUAUUAAAAAAUUAACACACUUAUCUUAACAACCUCGCUAGCAAAUCACUGGAGCUUGCUACUUGUUGGGACUUAAUAAUGCAACUACAAGUGCUAUUCCAGCCCCACUUCCUCCACCCGCACCCCCUCCCCCAGACAGUAGUUGUUCAACUGAUAAAUCAUGAAGAUGACUGGAGUAAGGGGCACUCCUUGACACUGUUGCUAUGAUAUUCAGUACUGUAUGUAGAGACUUGACACCUCAGUGAAGACUUUAACAUGCCUUAUUUGUCCUAGUUACUUUUUUACAGUAUGAUGACUUAAUAAUACAAGCUGUGUUAGAUUGCUUCAUCAUUAUAAAUAAACUAUAUCUGCUCUGCCAUGCAAACUGUCCAAUUCAUUCCUUGAAGCAUCAUGUUAGACCAUUCUAAUCAUGUCACCCACUCACCUACUUUUUAUCCUUUCACGUUCAUUUGACUUGUACUCCAUGAAGGGGAGGUUUUUCAAUGGUUUGAAAAAUAAAAGGGAUUUGGAAC